AUGGAACAACAAUUGUCACUACCAGCUGUUGGGGCGCUGCUGAUGGAAUACGACCUUGAUCUCGAGGCAUUCGAUUGGGACCAAGAGAGGUGCUUGACAACGGCGAAACAAACCCUAGCCCCGUUUUAUGCUGCCCCCAACCAAAAUUGCCCCAUCAAGCCCACGGAUUCUACUUCCCUCUCCGUCGACAGCUUCUCUCCGCCGACAGCUAGCUUCACAUCUCCUGAUAUCUUCAGCAGCGAUGAAUCGUUGCUGUACGACUCCUUCACGAUGACCCCUUCUGAGAUCGGGUCCAUUCUUUUUCUACCUUACAGCGUCCCCCCAACUGCCCUCCCUAGAUCCGCAGGCGGGAUGGGAGGGCUGUGCAACAAUGACGACGACUGCGACGUCAUCGGCCAAAGGCAAGCCACACAAAAGUAUACCGUCAACUCCGAGAACCUGAACCCACAUGGCGAGAAGCGACCAUCCCCGACGAGCCAAGAGACGGAACAACCACCUGCGUCCCGGCUACAAAAUGGCAACGUGGACGCUAGCGCUGAGAUCCCCACCGGCAUCAAGUUGCGCACCACAUCUCGCAAGCCUAAGGAGCCGCCGUCCAAAAAACUGGGCGGCGACAAGGUUCCUUUCUCACCGUCGGCAGCGCAGCCACGCCACAGCCAUAACCUGGCCGAGAAGCAGUACCGGAACCGACUAAACCAACAGUUCAACAACUUGCUCGCCGCACUGCCGGCACCGCCGUCGGAGGAUUGCGACUGCCACGACAUCGGCAACCGACGUCUCAGCAAAGCUCGUUGUCUCAGCAAGGCUCGAGUGAUGGACCACGCGAGGCAGCGCAUCAAAUCGCUAGAGAGAGAAAACCAAGCGCUGGUCAAGGAGCGAGACAAGCUGAUGAAGAACAUCAAUUUAAUGCAGGAAAUGAUAAAAUGAAGGCGGCCAGGCGGCGACACUAUUCGACUUUCCACCUCAAAGGGGAGCCUCUUCAGUCCGUCAUAACGCGCGCUAGAUUUGCUGCACCGGCCCACUGCUCUAUCCUUCCUUGGAUAUGAUCGUAUUCGUCAGCUGCAGCGGGGUUUUCCUCACCAUCCGUUUUAGAAAGAGAAUAUCGACGCCUAGUAACGCCGCUUUUAUGGAUUGAGCUCAGGCACGCCUCGAGUGCAGCUUAUCUGGUCCUCAUCCCUAGGUCUGGCGGCCCAUCCGGAUCCCUUCUAGGUGUCGGAAUGUUGAAAUCAAAAGGGUCUGCCGGUGAUUGUUGGUGAUGAAUAAAGGUCUACGUUGUGUGUGUCAGUGAGGGAGCAUAGCUCAGUACAUAGUAUCCACAUCCCGGCCACUAGUUAGAAGAUCGGACUAUCUUAAUCAUACGUUCUCAAGACUUAGAGACCUAGUAAUAGUAACAGUUAC